AUGUCGGCCGUCGAACGGUACCGGACUUUCUUUUUUGCUCCUCGCCGCGUCGGCCUGCCCCACUCCGCCGCCUCGUCGGUGACCAAUUCGCGCGCGAUGAAAUGGAAAUCGCUCGUCCCCGGAUCCCGUUGCCGCGACAGCGGAUCAGCCGUGCGGAGAUGUGCGCCCAUUGGCAUUCUCAACAUCAGCGGCGCUCCAGCCACGUUGACCGUUAAAAGUGUACGCCACCGUGUACCUUUACCUUACCCU